UGGUACCAAGGAAUGGAUGAAGAAGCAGACAACAGCGAAAAAAACUCUCAGAGUUUAUUCGAAAGAUGGUCAAAAACUGAUAGGAUGAUGAUGUCAGCAAAAGCUAAAGACGUCAAAUCACUUUUUCUAUUUUGGAACGUUUCUGUGCCAAGUUUCAUAGUCGUAGCAUUUGUUCUUUCUUAAAUUUAAUAGAAACGAGAUCCAAAAUUUGUUUUUAAGUAUGAGCCUAGCGCGCCACGUAUACUGUAAGGGCAAAGCAAAUGCUGCACUAGACAGUUGACUAAGACAUUAAAUCUAUUCUUGUGUUUGGGGGAUAAACAGAAUUCGUUAGUCUGCCAAGUAUUACACCCACACCCUUUAGCACAGGAGGCGAACGCGGUACCCCAAGUUCAGCAGUCUGUCCAAUUUGAAUUUGGAUGUAUGUUUUUAUUUCAUUGUUUGGCUUUAUAGAUAACCCACGCGUAUCUGCCAAACCAACUCAAACAAGUCAAAAUGCAUCAAAAGUAUGCCAAAAGGGAUUCCAAAUUUCAUCACCAAUUAAUCCAAACAUAUUUUCGAAACCAUUGAUAGGAAGAAAGCCAUUAAAUGCGCCUACAAAAUCACUAGCACCAACACACUCAGAAAAACCGCCAGUAUCCCAAAAACCAAGCAGAAAAUGUCAAGCCACACCUAAAAUACCACAAAAAGUAUUAACUUGUUCAACUGGAAUGCCUACAAAACCUUCUAAAAUGGAUGUCCCUUCAAGGGUGUUUAAAAAACCGAACCCAAGCAAUGAAGUACAAGCCAAUAAACCAAAUAUAUCAAUAAAAGAUAGUAAAGCAAUGUUUGAAGCCAGAAAACAAAGUGAUGUACAGUUGGAAUCUUCAAAAGAUACGUCCUUCAGAAAAAGAAUACCUGAAACGAACAAACAUGUUAAACCCGAUGGCACAGAAAGAAAGCUAUUAAAAAUAAAAGAGGAUUUAAAGAUAUGUCAAGAAAAAGCGUACGAAGAAGGUUACAAAAGGACCGAUAGCAUUCUGAGGCCUGUGGGAAAAUUUCAUCCGUUGUCAAAAAAAAAUGAGGAAAGCAAAGAAUCUAAUGAUCCGUCGGGUUCUUUAUUGCCGAUGAGAAACCUGAAAGACUAUUCUAUGCAAGAAUGCAGUCAACCAUUGGAAGAAAAAGACUCAGCCGGGGUUAAUCAUAUUGGAAAGAAUUUAUCAAACAGUUUAGAAUCUGAUAAUUUAAAACUUAAAUUACACGAAGCUGAACGAGAGAUUCGUAUUAAAACCGAGAUUCUGAAUAAAAUUCAGGCUGAUUUCAUAACUUCUCAAAAAGCGAUAGCUGCAAAAAACGUAGAAUUAAAGUCUCUCCAUGUGCAGUUAGCCAAAACAAAAAGGCAAAAUCAUGAAGAACAAAAGCAGUUGAAAACAGAACUAGCUAAUACGCAAGCUGAAUUUGAGCUUGUCAAAUUGAAACUUGUUGAAGUAUUUGGUAAGCUUUUAGGAUAAAAUAAGAUAUGUAGCUAACAGAGAAGUUGAUAACAAAUAUGCUUGAUGACUUUCGCAACACUUCAAUAUUGAAUAGUAGUUUCCUCCAUUGAUGUAUCAGGACGUAUACUCCAUCUAAAAUGCAGUGUACAAAUUAUUCAAAGACUACAAGUUGAGAAUAUUUUGAUGAAUAAAAGAACGAAAAGGAAAAGAACACGUCCUUUAUAUAUCAUAAUGUAAUAUGAUAAUUAUGUAAAGUAAUGUAAAUGGUGGAGGGGGGGUGAUGAAAUAAAGCUCCCUUGCGCUAUAAAUGCGGAAGUUCUUAUGCUUACGUGUUAACCCUAUUCGACCCGGGGAUUUUCGAACAUAUUUUGAGCAGGGGCCCUCAAAAACUAAAUUUUGCUUAUAUCAGCUCCUUUUUUUGUGACGGCAUCGAAAUCUUGAAAUUUGUUCAAAAUACCACUAUCUGCCUAUUAUUUAUUUACUUUAGUCCUAGAGCGAAUUUUAACAUUCUGUUUGAAGUUUCUUAAAGCUGAAUAAAAGUUAUAUAACUAUUUAUUUUCGGUUUUUACAGGUCGCAUGAAAAGAUGCAAAAAAUUGCCAGAAAUCCGUUUUUCCCGAUUUUCGGGUUAAAUCCAAAAAAAUCGAAAAGUCGGAAUAAUCACGGUCCACAACAUGCGGAAGGAUUAACCUUAAUGAAACAAAGUGGUGUUGCAAGUUUCAAAUUCUAAGGAUAAUAUUAACAAGAGUUAUUAUCUGGAAAGUAUGAGGCCUAAAAAUUUGGCAUGCAGGUGUCUAAUAAAUAAAUGUUGAAACAAUUAGUAUCAUAGCCAUGCAACAGAGCAUAAAGGAGUUAUUUAUAAAAAAUUGUCAGAAAACCGGACCGAAUAGAGUUUAAAUUUAACAUGCUUGUAGUUUUAAUAAAAACAGAUGUCAUGUAAAAAAUAAAAUAAUUGCAAACAAUUAAAAUUUCUCAAGCAUCACUGACCAUAUGGCCUUAAUUCGUGGUGGAUUUAUUCACCAAAUAGGAAAAAUUUGCAUAUCAAAGAAUGAAUUUUGAUGACGUCAUCAUGAUCGGGAAUGACGUGGUCAUUUCGCUACAUCGAUUUUUCUUUCAAAUCUGAUCUGUAUUUUAUUCCUCUGACUCACAUAUCUCAUUGGCAACAACUUAGCAG